AAUUUUCAGUACAAAAGUGGGUGCUAACGGUAACAGUUCAAUUAAGUGUACGUUAAAUAUAUUAUAGGGCUGACCAGUAAAUAACAACAGUAAACAAAAACACACAUAGCAAGCAAUAAUCGAUUUAAAUUUGUUGCAUUUCUAUUGUUAUAUACAUACAUACAUCGAUACGUAUACAAGGUGUCUGCAAUAAAAAGUACUUAACUUUAAUAAUUGCAUUUGUAGGCGGAUAAGUGAUUUGCAACUGUUGAUAUGCCGAAAAAAUCGCGCAAAACACGCAAAAGUCCAUUCCUUGUAUUCGAAGAGGAUGUAAUUGGACAAUUUCUCAUAUAUUUGUACGAGCUGCAAGAACCUUAUCCCAAAAGCAAUUGGCUUAUAAAGAGGAAGGAAGUGCGAAAAUCAUUUGUUAAGUUCUUGAACUUGCCUAAAAAUGACAAAAUAUGUCAUCGUAUUGGGAAAGAUCCAGCUGGUAAGAUCGGCACUUUUCUCAGUCGUACCGGCUAUUUAAUGGAUUUAGAAAGCGGCAGCGAAUUUUUCUGCAUAAAUUACCAAAAGGUUAUGCAUUACAAAGAAAUAGAAGAAUUGCAUAAGACCAUCAAACAAAAACUCGUUCUGAACGCUAACGAAAAUGAGAAACGGCAUCGUUUAGCGAAUAAUUUAUCUUUCAAAGUAACUCAGGCCUUAGAGCAAUUUCUGCCGCCGCCUGCACUAUUGGAGUUGAAGAAGAAGAAAUUUGCUGAUGAAGUGCUUUGCGAAUAUUCUUCACAAUUUGCUAAUUACUUUAAUGGUGGUCAAAUUUUUACACCAGAAAAUAUUCUAGGUGCCAUGAAAUUGCUGCUACAAAUUGAAGAUGUUGACAAUUUUUCCAAAUACAGACGUAUCAUACAACGUGAUGUGAAAUUAAGCCAAUCACAACAACAGCCAAAUCGAUAUAGUUUCACGCUGUCAAAAACAUCACGUAAAAUCGGAUAUUCCUACGAAGUCUUACUCAGCCGCUACAAUCGCGUUUUGAUUGUCGCUGAAUGUGCCGAAACAAAAGCACUCACUAAAGAUCAAAUUCUUGAAUUUCUGAUCAGCGGUUCACUGGAGUUGAACGUACGUGGUAAAACCAUAGCAACAACUUAUAUUGGCCGAAUUGAAGAUGUAAAUGACAAAUCAAAAAAAGCGACUAUCGAAACUGAAGGUGAACCAGAUCCAAAGGCGUCCUAUCUCAUCAUAUUUUGUCCAGCUCGACGUACACUGUGCUAUCAAUAUUAUGCAUUAAGCCUGUAUGGUGAACGGUGUGCUAUGCUGCAGCAUUUCCUGUUUCCCAACCCAGUUGUUACCGCGAGUCUGCCGCGAAUGUGCAAACCUUUUUUUCAAACACUUUCAAAUGAAUACAUACAUACAUAUGUAUGUAGCUUAUCCUUCUACGAUAAAAAUAUAGCGACUAAUCCUGAGCAGAUUGAAGCUGUACAUAACAUUGUAUCGGGCUGUAAGAACUCUAAGCUACAAAUACCAUACAUCAUAUUUGGACCACCCGGAACGGGUAAAACUUCAAUAAUUGUUGAGUCCAUACUACAGUUACUAUUGCACGAUCAAAAAUCUAGAAUACUUGUUACGGCCGGUCCGAAUUGCGCUUGCGAUGAGAUCGCUUUACGUAUUUGCAAAACACUAUCGCUGGGUGAAAAACCACGUUCCAACAUUUUGGCGCGCAUAUAUUGUUGUUCACAGGAGAGCCGUCGUGAAAAUCUUCACAAAUUAUUGCUUGAAUAUUCAAAUAUGUAUGACUGGCAUUUCUGGCCGAAUAUUGCAAUACUACAACAAUAUCGUAUUGUGGUGUGUACUUUAAGUUGCCUCGGUAAAUUGAUCACCGGUGGUCUGCAACACUUCACGCAUGUUUUCCUGGAUGAGGCAGCCGCUUGUUCCAUGUCUGAAGGCUUGAUUGGUGUGGUUGGUGGUUUGACUAAAAAAUCAAAUUUUAUUUUGUCCGGUGAUCAUAAACAAUUGGGUCCGAUAAUAAAUUCAAAACGUGCCGAAGCUUUAGGACUAGGUAUAUCCUUGAUGGAACGACAACUACAACAUAAAUGUUAUGACGUCAACGAGGCUAAUGGUCACUAUAAUCGAAGCAUACAGACACGUUUAUGUCGUAACUUCCGUUCACAUCCAGCGAUCGUGAAGCUUUUCAAUGAACUUUACUACGAUAAUAAGCUGGAGUCCAUGGCAAGCAUAGAAAAUACUAAUUUGGCAGCCAAGUGGAAAGGUUUGCAUGACCCGAAUUUUCCUAUUUUGUUUCACGCAGUGAACGGUAGAGAACAAUACGACGAGGACAGUAGCAGUUUUUACAAUUGGGAAGAAGGCGAAUUGGUUUUAAAAUAUGUAGACGAUUUAUUGAAAAGUGGUCUAGGCGAUGGACGCAAGUUGGAAGAAACUGAUAUUGGCAUAAUAUCGCCAUAUCGCUCUCAAUGCAUAUCUAUUCAAGAAGAUUUAAAUAACCAUUUUAAAAUUCAAAUAGAAACCGGUUCGGUUGAAACCUAUAGAGGCAAGGAGAAAGCAGUAAUAAUCGUAUCAUUUGUGCGAUCGAGAUACAAAAGUUUAGGAUUUUUAAGAAAUCCAAAGCGUUUAAAUGUUGUUCUUUCGCGUGCAAAAUCCCUACUCAUUCUCAUCGGAAAUGAUGUCACACUUUCGAAGCAAAGUGAUUACGAGUUUGUCAUUAAGGAGUGCAAACGUCAUGGAAAUUUUAUACCUGCUCCAGUAGCGUCUAAGAAAAAUUAAUUAAAUUUCAAAUAAAAUUCAUCACUAACUGUUGUAAAAACAAAAGACACCAAUAAUAAGAUCCAAACAAUUUUUUGUAUGCCAUUA